AUGAUAGGGCAACGUGUCGUGUUGCCUGCAAGUUUCAUCGGAGGCCCCCUUGACAUGCGGCGACGAUUUCUUGACGCCAUGACUUUAGUUCAAGAUAACGGGAAGCCUGACAUAUUUCUUACAAUGACAUGCAAUCCAAAUUGGCCAGAAAUAAAAAAUGAGUUACUACCUUGGCAGACGGCCCAAGAUCGACCAGACCUUGUGUCAAGAGUUUUUCGUGCUAAGUUAGAGGAUCUUAAGAAACAACUCUUCACUAAGCAUGUACUUGGUGUAGUGGGUUCGUACGUUUAUGUCAUUGAGUUUCAAAAGCGUGGUUUGCCGCAUGCGCAUUUCCUCUUGAUAAUGAUGCCUCCAUACAAGCUUACUAAUGCAGACCAUUACGACAAAAUAGUAUGUGCUGAAAUUCCAGACCCAAUAAGGUAUCCUAAAAUGCACGAAUUGGUCGUCUCACACAUGAUACAUGGUCCUUGCGGUAGCUUAAACUCUGAUUGUCCUUGUAUGAAUAAUGAGCAAAAGAAAUGUCGUUUUAGAUACCCUCGACAAUUCAAUGAAACAACGUUACAAGGAAAGGACUCAUAUCCUGUGUACCGAAGAAGAGAUAAUGGUAUAGAGGUGGACAUACGAGGCAAUAAGAUGGAUAAAAGAUGGGUUGUCCUGUAUAACCCAAAGUUGUUAAUGAUGUUUAACUGCCAUAUGAAUGUUGAGGUCUACUCGAGUAUAACCUCUGUGAAAUAUGUGUUUAAGUAUAUUUACAAGGGUCAUGACAAACAAGUUAUCAAUAUUGAUCCGGAUGGACAACCAGUUGUUAUCAAUGAGAUAAAACGGUAUCAGGAUGCACGAUAUGUCUCACCUCCUGAGGCAAUAUGGAGGAUUUUUAGCUUCCCCCUUUCUCAGAUAUACCCUUGUGUGAUGGCUUUGCAGGUGCAUCUCCCAAAUCAACAGUUGGUUAGGUUCAGUGAGGAUGAUACACUGACUAGCGUUGUUGAAAAGGAGAGAGAUAAUAGAUCAAUGUUGACUGCGUUUUUUCUAAAAAAUAAAGAAGAUAUUCGUGCAAGAGAAUAUAAAUACAGAGAUUUUCCUAAAAAGUUUACGUGGGAUCCGAAGUCACGUCGUUGGAAUCAUCAAAAACUAGGAUUAAUGCGAGGUCGUUUGGUUUCUGCUAAUCCUGCUGAAGGGGAGCGAUACUACCUUCGCCUACUUUUAUUGCAUAUUAGUGGCCCUACGUGUUUUGAAGAUCUCUAUAUGGUCAACAAUAUAAAAUACCCAACAUUUCGGAAAGCAGCUCUUGAAAGAGGCUUAAUAGAGUCCGAUGAUGGUUUGUCUCAAUGUCUUACAGAGGCAUCUUUGUUUCAAUUUCCCAAUGCUCUUAGAAGGUUGUUUGCAACGAUAUUGAGUUUUCGUGAGCCAGGAGAUGUUCGUAAGUUAUGGCAUGAGCAUUACAAUGGUCUUUCAGAAGAUUAUAGGCGACAAUACGAAAGUGUUGAGAGAGUCCAGAAUAUGGUCCUCACUGAAAUCAUGGUAUUCCUACAAUCUAUGGGUGACCGUAUUGAUGAUUUUGAUCUUCCAAAAAUAAAUCAAAAUGUCGAUUUAGAAUUUGGAGUUUUUUCGAGUGUUCUUCAUAGACGGUCCUGGUGGAACAGGAAAAACAUUUUUUUUUACAAAGCUUUACUUGCUAAUAUUCGUUCGUGUGGUCAUAUUGCACUCGCGACUGCUUCAUCUGGUGUUGCGGCUAAUAACAUGCUUGGGGGAAGAACAGCUCACUCUCGCUUUAAGAUUCCUAUCAAUCUUGAAAAUAACUCGGUCUGUAAGAUUUCAAGACAAAGUGGUACUGCACAACUACUUCGGACUGCAAAGGUAAUCAUUUGGGACGAAGCGUCGAUGGCUAAAAGACAUGCAUUGGAGGCGGUUGACCGUACAAUGAAAGAUAUCACUGGGGUGAUGCUCCCAUUUGGUGGAAAGAUAAUGGUUUUGGGAGGUGAUUUUAGAUAA